CUCGUCUGACUGUGAGUCCCAGCAGCUCUCAGUUCUUUGAAGGAGACUUUGUGUCUCUGAGCUGUGAGGAGGACGACAGCUCUGCUGGAUGGACUCUGAGGAGAAACACAAGAAAACAACAGAGGACUCAGUGUGGAGAUGGAUGGGGAGAAGGAGCUGGUUCCUCUUGUAACAUCAGCUACAUCUUCACAUGGGACAGGGGAGUUUACUGGUGUGAGUCCAGAGAGGGUCCCAUCAGUAACAUGGUUAACCUGACAGUCACUGGGAGACCUACAAUAACAACCUCGCCCACAACCUCUACAAAUAUGCCCCCUACCUCUGCUUUGCCCCCUUCCUCCACCACCCUCCAUCUAGUGAUCAGGCUGGUCUGUCACCUGGUGGUGUUCUGUCCAUACUUCAUCUCAGUGAUCCUGCAGAGUCCUGUCCUCCCUGUGAUGGAGGGAGAUGACGUCACUCUGCUCUGUGAAACAAAGACCACUCCCUCCAACCUCCCAGCUGCUUUCUAUAAAGAUGGCUCCCUCAUCAGGAAGCAGCCUACAGGUCACAUGACCAUCCAGCAUGUUUCCAGGUCUGAUGAAGGCCUCUACAAGUGUGACAUCAGCGGUCAUGGAGAGUCUCCAUCCAGCUGGAUCACUGUCACAGGUAGACCUACAACCACAACUUCGCCCACCACCUCUUCAAACAUGCCCCCAGCCACAUCUUUGCCCUCUUACUCCACCACGCUGAGACUGGUCUGUCACCUGGUGGUGAUCUGUCCAUACUUCAUCUCCACUCUCCUCAUGGUGUCUUUAUAUCGACGCAGAGCCAAAGGAAAUGACCCCACCAUCUUCUUGGCAACAGAAACUAAUGCUGAUGAGAGACUCUGUGAGGACUAUGAUGAUAUUGCCGAGGUGACUACUGAGCAUCAGCUCUGA